UCGGUACAGACCAACAAGUACCUUCAAGACGAUGGCCGACGAUUACGGGUUCACGCCGGAGGAAAUGGCCGUCAACGAGAACCUUGGUUAUCCAAAAGCCUACGCGAAGCUCUGCCACGAUCGGUGUCUUAGUCCAUACAGCCAUGGCCCUCCGUUCAUCUUCACGCCAUACGCUCUGGAGGAAGACGAGGCUGCGAGGGCGAGGGAUUUAGAUAUGAUGUUCCCAAUAAUCGAUCCGAAAGCGAAGCCAACCGCGAAGCCAAAGAUUUUUGUCAGUCUCCUGUGGAAGCAGCUAAACCAUUUGGGGAAUGCUGGGUUUGAUCCUGCUGUAAUUCGAGUAGAUCCUUAUGGCAAUGUCCUUUAUUAUCAUGCUGAUUCAGCCUCUCCUCUUGCUUGGGAAAUCGAUCACUGGUUUCCUUGUUCAAGAGGAGGAUUGACUGUUCUGAGCAAUCUGAGGAUAUUGCAACGGCAAGCCUGCAAGAAGAGGAAGAAUAAGCUGGAAUUCCUAGUUCCAUGGUGGGAUUUCCAAUUGGGUCUCUCUGUAAAUCAAUUCCUCUCCAUUUUUGCUUCUCCAAACUCAGACUUCAGGCACAGGGCCUUCUCCUAUCUAUUCUCUGAUGGAGAAAAUGAAGAACUGAAUGCCUCUCAAAUAGUGGAUUCUCAUUCUUUUCCUCAGCAUUUCAUUGGAUUGAAAGAAGAAAUUGGGCUUGCUCCCGCUGCUAUCGUGGAAUGCCGAAGGGAAUCUUUUGAUAAAUUAGCUUUGAAGCAACUGGAUUAUAACCGGAAGCCGAGGCCCAUAAAAGGCAAGGGUAAACUCCUAAAAGAAAAUGAAGAUCCAGAUUUUGCAAAGAACCCAUAUCAGGCCAUUGUGAUGGCUAGAGAUUCCUUAAAGCAAAGAGAAGAAGCUACAAGAAUGCAGGCUGAAAUUCAGAAGCUUGAUGACGAAGUGAAUGAGAUGAGACUCACAAAUGAGGAGGAGAAGCUCAUAAUUCAAGACCUGGAAUUGGCACUCAUAAAAGCCAGGAGAAAGGCAGAAAAAUGCAGGCGGUUAUCUGAGGCUCAAUCUUCUUAUAGAACCACGCUAGAGAAGAUGAUCAGGGACACCAUGCACCAGAGUGUCAUCUAUAAGGAACAGGUUAGAUUGAACCAGGCUGCUACUAAUGCACUCAUGGCUAGACUGGAAGCUCAGAAGGCAAUUUGUGAUAAUGCAGAGAAAGAACUCCACCGCAGGUAUAAACAGAGAGAUGAAAUAGAGAAGCAGAUAAGGCCUGAAUGGGAUCAAGGAAGGAAGAGAAUAAGAAUAGAUGGUGAUUCCACCUUUGAUGAAGAGAGAGAAAGUAAACCUCUCCUUUGCUUGCCCGCAAUCAGGCCAAGAACUCCUUUGCACAAGGAGCUUAGAUUAUAUUUGGAGGAGGAACAAAAAGCAUCAGAAGCUGGUUUAUCUGCAAAUGAAGAAAAAAAUCAAGAGGAAAAGAAUCAGGAACUGAAAAUACCAACUCAUUACAUAGCAGAAGAGAACCUUGAGGAGCAUAAGGGAUCAAGUGUUGCCUUGAAGGACGAAAGCCCAAUUGAGCGAAAACUUCAAAAGCUAAAUAUCAAGGUAGGUAAGGAAAGUUGUGAGAGUUCAUUUCCAGUUUUUCAAGGAACAGAAAUUGAGGAAGAUGAACAUAUCAGGCAGGAACGUGGCAAAGGGAAUGUGGAGAAGUGGCUUCAAAUUCUUUUAGAAAAUAGUCAAGACAUGGAUCCAUUAGAAGAAACUCAUGGAAAUGAAACUAGUGGGACUGAGGAAAUAAUCAGACAAAUAAACCAGAAGUACCCACAACAAGAGAAGCAGCUGCCAGUUCCUCAAGACAAGAAUGAUUGGACAGAGAAAGAAGAUGGUACAAAUUUUAUUCACACAGAAAAUAAAAUUUACACAGGAGAAGAAGUUUGCAUAAGUGAAGAAAAUGGCAAUAAAAGUUUUGACGGGAUGGAACGAACGGAAUGCAAUAGAAAGGAAAAAAAGCUUGCCAGGUCAGAGAGUGCCAGAGCCUUGAGGCGAAUCCCAUCUUCUCCAUCCUUGCUUCUUGGGAUUAGAAAGGGCAAUGAUGAGAAUCACUCUUCAGCAAACAGCUUUAUCAGGUCUUCCUUCAAGACAAUCAAGAAAGCAGUGAAAAUUUGA